GCCCCUCAAGUUUGACUGUCUAAUUUACUGCCUCGCUGUGUCGUUAUAUUUUCGUCGUCAAACGCGUACGAAAAUUUUCUGGUAAUGAGUGCAGGACGUUCAGUAUUUCGAAGUUGUUGAACCGUUCCACUAGCUAUGAAUAAUAACGAGGAGCGGUCGUUGCCGGGACACCUGCAGGACGCAUCGAAAAGAAAACUUCUGUGGAAGCUGCGGGUCUUGCAAGAAAAUAGAAACGGUCGUCGAUAUCUCGUUGAUUUCCUUCUAGUUAUGUACGGGAUGUCCAGUUUGCUCGCCGAAAUUGGAAUAUUGGUCGAAAUCCCUCUCUUAGUGGAAUCGGCUCCCGAGGGUCAGAGAUUACCGGCCUACAUAGCAGUCUUGGUAUCCCUAUCCAGCAUGAUUUCAGUAUUUUACGUCGUAUUCAAAAAAUUCAUUACCCAAUACUGCAGCGAUUACUCGGUAAUAUCCGGUUGUCUCGUUGUUCAAAUAAUCGCCAUGGCCGUCCUGGCGUUAUUCUACGACGUUAGAUGCAUGGUGAACGGUAAAAUACACAGCAUCGUGCUGCUCCUGACCCUCUUCGUCUGCUCCAUCGUCGCGAGCUCGAGUUCCCUGAUCUUCAUGCCGUACCUCCGUAACUACAAGGCGGGUUAUCUGCCCUCUUUUUUCCUCGGCGAGAGUCUGGGCGGACUGGUUCCAGGGAUGAUAGCCCUUCUCCAGGGAGUCGGGAGCGAUUCCGUUUGCAAGGAAAACUCUUCCAACUCCACCGAACCGGAUCUCCCGAAUAUUUCGGACCCGAAUUUUCCCCCCGGCAUCCACUUCCUCGUGAUUUUCAUACUCGCCGUAUGCUGCGCCGCGGCAUUCUGGCUAUUGGAAUACUUGAGGGAUAAAAAUUUUUUCGAAAAAGACAACAAUCCCCACCGCUACAACCAAGUACCCUUGACGGAGGAGUUCGUCGGCGCUCACAAGCCGUCCAACAACGACUCGGACAUCGAGCUGCACGAGAGAAACGAAACGGACAGCCCUUCGGAACGCGCGAAGACGAACCGCACCAGGAUAUACAUCUGCAUGAUGGUGGGACUGACCUAUUGCGUCGGCCCUGGGAUCGUUUACGGUACCCAAGCGUUCUCCUGUCUGCCCUACGGUAUCGCCGCCUAUCACCUGGUAAUAACUCUGAUGCAGUUCGCCGGACCCGCAGCUUUCGUUUUUGGCUACUGUCUGCCCCCCCUGGGCGUCAGGGGAGUCACCUGGGUUUUCGCCGUUGUCAUUCUACUUUGCUCUUACAUAAUCUGGUUGGCGUUGUCAUCCCCAAGUCCGCUUUGGCACGACGAAAUUCGUGGCGCCGUAUUGUUGGUGACCGUAUGGGUUGUCGCGUACGCUAUGAUCGGUUACAUAAAAUUAUCGAUCGCCGCUAUCGGUAGGCGGGAUCUCGGCAAGGACGGACUUUAUCACGUCGGAUUGUCGGGUCGUGUAGGAAUAGUCUCGGGUGCCUUCAUCAGUUUCGUACUGAUAAAUUACACGUCGAUAUUCACGCCGUACAAAGCGUGCCCAUAGUAUUGUUUACGGUUAUUCGGAGCGUGAGGCUAAAUAUGGCCUCGAGCUAUUAGCAAUACCUCAAAUUGAAUAAUGUUCAUGAUAAUCGUACUUUAUUCAUUACAAGCUAUAAUUACUCCGCACGACAAAGUAUAAGUAUAAGAUUAUACGCAGGCGCGUCAUGACGAGCAAUGAAAUUACCGAUAUAGGUAUUUAUAUCGUAAGAAUUCAUCGAACUUGUGUCUAUCAAUAUGUUAUGCCCAGGGAAAUUUCAAGGUCCGAGUUUAAUUCGUAUUUCAUUUGUAAUGAUCGGGGAAAACAUGCGUAACAUCACAUGUCUGCCGCUCGAAGGUAAACGUUACGAGUAGCCGUUAUCUACUCGUUUGAUCUGGUCGAUGGCGGCCUCUUGAAAAUUGACGAAUAUCCGGCGAGGCGUUAGUUUGACCGUAUCAGUUUUAAGAAAUUACUUAUUUUCAUCAUUCCGAGGAACAAGAUCAAUUAGGUAUAACGAUCAUCAUUUAUUCAAUGUCAAUUAUUCAAUAAACUCAGAACUUGAUUUUGAUAUUAUCAUUGAAUUUUGUCUCUCUUAUUCAAACGAUAUUUUCACCAAUUAUUAUUGUAACAUUAUCAGUACAUUGUUAUUAUACAACUGUGAUAAAUAAAUAACAACAAACGACUC